AUGCAGCACAUUUUUGCCUUCUUCUGUACCGGUUUCCUAGGCGCGGUAGUAGGUGCCAAUUUCCCCAACAAUAUCCAGAUCGGGGGAUUAUUUCCAAAUCAGCAGUCACAGGAACAUGCUGCUUUUAGAUUUGCUUUGUCACAACUCACAGAGCCCCCAAAGCUGCUCCCCCAGAUUGAUAUUGUGAACAUCAGCGACAGCUUUGAGAUGACCUAUAGAUUCUGUUCCCAGUUCUCCAAAGGAGUCUAUGCCAUCUUUGGGUUUUAUGAACGGAGAACUGUCAACAUGCUCACCUCCUUCUGCGGGGCCCUUCACGUCUGCUUCAUUACGCCGAGCUUUCCUGUUGACACAUCCAAUCAGUUUGUCCUUCAGCUGCGCCCUGAACUGCAGGAUGCUCUCAUCAGCAUCAUUGACCAUUACAAGUGGCAGAAAUUUGUCUACAUUUAUGAUGCCGACCGGGGCUUGUCCGUCCUGCAGAAAGUCCUGGACACAGCUGCCGAGAAGAACUGGCAGGUGACAGCAGUCAACAUUUUGACAACCACAGAGGAGGGAUACCGGAUGCUCUUUCAGGACCUGGAAAAGAAAAAGGAGCGGCUGGUGGUGGUGGACUGUGAAUCAGAACGCCUUAAUGCUAUCCUGGGCCAGAUCAUAAAGCUGGAGAAGAAUGGCAUUGGCUACCACUACAUCCUUGCAAAUCUGGGCUUCAUGGACAUCGACUUAAAUAAAUUCAAGGAGAGUGGUGCGAAUGUGACAGGCUUCCAGUUGGUGAACUACACGGACACCAUUCCAGCCAAGAUCAUGCAGCAGUGGAAGAACAGCGAUGCUCGAGACCACACCCGGGUGGACUGGAAAAGACCCAAGUACACCUCUGCGCUUACCUACGAUGGGGUGAAAGUGAUGGCUGAGGCUUUCCAGAGCCUGCGGAGGCAGAGGAUUGAUAUAUCCCGCCGGGGAAAUGCUGGGGACUGUCUGGCUAACCCAGCUGUGCCCUGGGGCCAGGGGAUUGACAUCCAGAGAGCCCUACAGCAGGUGCGGUUUGAAGGCUUGACAGGAAACGUGCAGUUUAAUGAGAAAGGACGCCGGACCAACUACACUCUGCACGUGAUCGAGAUGAAACACGAUGGCAUUCGAAAGAUCGGUUACUGGAAUGAAGAUGAUAAGUUUGUCCCUGCAGCCACCGAUGCUCAAGCUGGGGGGGAUAACUCAAGUGUUCAGAAUAGAACAUACAUCGUCACAACAAUCCUAGAAGAUCCUUAUGUGAUGCUCAAGAAGAAUGCCAACCAGUUCGAGGGCAAUGACCGCUACGAGGGCUACUGUGUAGAGCUGGCGGCAGAGAUCGCCAAGCAUGUGGGCUACUCCUACCGUCUCGAGAUCGUCAGUGAUGGAAAAUAUGGAGCCCGAGACCCUGACACAAAGGCCUGGAAUGGCAUGGUGGGAGAGCUGGUCUAUGGAAGAGCAGAUGUGGCUGUGGCUCCCUUAACUAUCACCUUGGUCCGGGAAGAGGUUAUAGAUUUCUCCAAGCCAUUUAUGAGUUUGGGGAUCUCCAUCAUGAUUAAAAAACCACAGAAGUCCAAGCCAGGGGUCUUCUCCUUCCUUGACCCUUUGGCUUAUGAGAUUUGGAUGUGCAUCGUUUUUGCCUACAUUGGAGUGAGUGUCGUCCUCUUCCUGGUCAGCCGCUUCAGCCCCUAUGAAUGGCACAGUGAAGAGUUUGAGGAAGGACGGGACCAGACAACCAGUGACCAGUCCAAUGAGUUUGGGAUAUUCAACAGCUUGUGGUUCUCCCUGGGAGCCUUCAUGCAGCAAGGAUGUGACAUUUCUCCCAGGUCCCUUUCUGGCCGCAUCGUUGGUGGAGUCUGGUGGUUCUUCACCUUGAUCAUCAUCUCCUCAUACACAGCCAACCUGGCCGCCUUCCUGACUGUGGAGAGGAUGGUGUCUCCCAUUGAGAGUGCAGAGGACCUAGCAAAGCAGACGGAAAUCGCUUACGGGACGCUGGAAGCAGGAUCUACUAAGGAGUUCUUCAGGAGGUCUAAAAUUGCUGUGUUCGAGAAGAUGUGGACAUACAUGAAAUCGGCAGAACCAUCAGUUUUUGUGCGGACCACAGAGGAGGGUAUGAUCCGAGUGAGGAAAUCCAAAGGCAAAUAUGCCUACCUCCUAGAAUCCACCAUGAAUGAGUACAUUGAGCAGCGGAAACCCUGUGACACCAUGAAGGUGGGAGGUAACUUGGAUUCCAAAGGCUAUGGCAUUGCGACACCCAAGGGGUCCGCCCUGAGAAAUCCAGUAAACCUGGCAGUGUUAAAACUGAACGAGCAGGGGCUUUUGGACAAAUUGAAAAACAAAUGGUGGUACGACAAGGGCGAGUGCGGCAGCGGGGGAGGUGAUUCCAAGGACAAGACAAGUGCUUUGAGCCUCAGCAAUGUGGCGGGCGUGUUCUACAUCCUGAUUGGAGGACUUGGACUAGCCAUGCUGGUUGCCUUAAUCGAGUUCUGCUACAAAUCUCGUAGCGAAUCCAAGCGGAUGAAGGGUUUCUGUUUGAUCCCACAGCAAUCCAUCAAUGAAGCCAUACGGACAUCAACCCUCCCCCGGAACAGCGGGGCAGGAGCCAGCGGCGGUGGCAGUGGAGAGAAUGGCCGGGUGGUCAGUCAUGACUUCCCCAAGUCCAUGCAGUCGAUUCCCUGCAUGAGCCACAGUUCAGGGAUGCCCUUGGGAGCCACAGGAUUGUAA